AUGCCACCAAAGAAGAAAGUAACGGACGCCCAGGUGCUGGAUGAAAAGAGGCAGCAGUUAGAGAGCUUGAAACGGCAGUGUCAGGCUGUGGAACAACUUAUGAUGCUAGCCAGCGACGAGAUACGUUACAUGGAUCACGAGAAACAUGUCUUGGAGAAAAAAUUAGCGGAUUUGCAAGAGCAAAUGGAGGCAAUGGAACGAAAAACAGACGAGCAUGUUCGCAUUAUGCAACAUAUGUCGACGACGAAUGAUGAGCAACUUCGUCAGAGACUCAAAAGUCUUGAACAAUUAGUGGCAGACGCUGAACAGGGAAAUGCGGUGCUGCGCCAAAAAAUAGAAGAGACGAAAAAGGGGAAGGAGGAGGAGUUGCAGCAACUUAAGAAUAACAUUGCAGUUAUGCGAGAGACACUUGAGGUUAAAGCUCUGGAGUGCGGAGCACAGUUGCGUGAUAUUUUGCUGGCAAAUCCCUAG